AUGAUCACAGAUAAGAAUAUGAGUGUGCGUAGCAGUUCUAGUAACCCAUAUCUGAAACAUAGUUUUAACCACAACAACAAUGAAACUCAUAAUAACAAUGGGGAAGAUUCCAUUUUUAAACUACCGCAGCUACCACCUUUAGGCAAAACACCAAUAGAACUGAUUAAAUCAUUAAAAAAUCAUAAAACAAGAAGUAUAGAAAGUCUAGGAUCUUCACAUUCCAUUUUGAACGAAAAUGACAAAAUAUAUAAUCUACCUCCUGUCCCCCCACCAAAGGACUAUGAUUACGCCGAACUGGCCAAAAAAUCAAAAUUUGGGUCCAAAAAACAUCAUAGUUCUCAUAGUGUUAGCCAUAGCCAGCAUCAUUCUGGACAUGUUAGACCUCUACCACUUAGAAUACCCUCAGAUACUUUUGCUACUUACACCAAUUCACACACUAAUCCGCAUCCCGAUAAUGAAAUCUGUAAAAACAAAGAAAAUAUACACUCGCCGUUUUCCUCCCCAUCAUCAUCAUCAUCAUCAUCAUCCACAGCUCGAGACUAUAUAUCUCCAUUUAUCGGCGAGUCAAGCAUGCCUUCUUUAAAAUCACAAAGACAAACAACUACAGCAUCCAGACAUCAUUUUGAACAAUAUAAUUCUCCAUUUGUCAAUGAUGACUCCUUAUAUGACAGCAUUGUGCUACCUCCAAGAAAUGAAAAGAAUUCUAUAUCUGAUUCCCCCUCUUUUUCUUCCCCUCCUUCUUCUUCCUCUUCCUCCUCUUCUCCCCCUGCUCCCCCUGCCCCUUCCUCUUCUCGUGUUUCUUCUUCAAAAGAUAUUGAAAUAAUGGAAACUGAAGAAUUAGUCGAUUUUGUAAAUAAUGUGCUCCCACCAUGGUCACAACAAUCACACAAUCUUGUGCAUAACAAUGAAUCUAAUGUGAUUACACCUACAAGUACUGUUUUUAGAAUACAAUCUAACGACUUUAAACAAAUGAAUAGUUCAACAACAAAUGCAAGUAGUAGUAAUGGUACGAUUAGAAGCAACAACACCCUAAAGAGACUAAAUUAUGAUAGUAAUAAUAAUAUGAGAUACCCUUCGUCUAAUUACACUUUCAGUACUGGCAGCCAAAAGACAAUAACCACAGGAGGAAGUAGAGGUAAUGCACUAUUAUCGGAUUAUAAUACCACAACCAACACCAACAUUAAUAAUAGAAACAGCCAUCUAAGACUUAACAGUUUUAAUAGCGUUUUGGGCGCUAAGCCAUUACAGGAAGUUCCAAGUGUUAAUAUGCCUACACAACCCUUUAGUAUUGAUUUAAUAGACGAUUUAAAAUUAUAUCAAUGCAAAUCCAUCUAUAAUUUAAGUGAUAUUUAUGAAUGGCUAUUAAAAAUAUAUUUUGAAUGGUUUAACGAGUAUAUUUUUUAUAAAUUUGAUUUUUUCCAAUUGGUACAGUUAUUGUUGGAAUUUCAAUUACCCACUUUUCAUGAUCAAGAUGUUUUAGAUUCAAAUGUUGAUAGAAUUAUAGAAAGUUUAAUUUUGCAAGAAGCGAUACGUUUUGAGGAUCAGUUGCAACAAGAAGAAAAUAGCAACGGCGACGAAAUAACCAUUGUCGUUGCAGGGUUAAACAUAUCUGGUGUCUUUACUGGGUUAUUACCUUGCUAUAGCUGCAACCAUGGUCAAAAAGACAAUAACACGGCAUACAAAUACGCGUGUUAUUCGAAUACUUGUCAAUUGUUUUUAAAAGAAAGGGAAAGUUCUUUAAAACACAACAAUAGUGUAGGUAAUAGCAACAGUCAAAACAGGAAAGGUAAUGCCAAACUUAGUAACAGAACUAUUGGAAUCUGGUCUGAUUAUUGGCACUUAACUUCAGAGGAGUUGCAUGAAAUUAAUCCAAGGGAAGUUAAAAGACAAAGUUUUAUAUUUGAUUUGAUUAUAUUAGAGGAAAAAUCCAUGAAUUUAGCUAACGCUGCUGUAGAAAUAUAUGGAAGAAACUUUGAACCUGAUUUACUACCCAAAGAUCCUACUUUCUACACUUUAGCAUUUGAGAUUUUUGUCCCGUUGAUCAAUUUACACAUGGAACAUCUUUCAAAUCCGAUAUUCCAUAAAUUAGAAACAAGGGGGAAAUUUAUUGAUGGUGUAGGGAAGAUAUAUUUGAAAUGGUGUCAUGAAGCUCGGCAAAUUUAUAUAGAAUAUGCUGAAGCAAUGGCUACGGUUCAUGAAAUUAUUAAUUGGGAAAAAAAAAAUCAUAGUAGAUUUUCCAUUUGGUUGCAAAAAAUGGAUAAUUCACCUGAAAUCACCAAAUCUAAAAUAUAUUAUGAUGUUGUGUUUUUUGGUGGGUUUUUCAAAAGUUUACAGAAUAUUCCCGUUACUUUAAACUCCAUUCUGAAAAAUACUGACAAGUCCAUGGAAGAUUAUGAUUAUCUAUGUAUGGCUAUUCAAGAGAUCGAGAGAUUGAAUUCCAUAGUUGACAAGGUGCAUGGGGAAGCGGUUGAUAGAAGGAAAGUUAUCAGGUUGUCUAGACAAUUGAUUAUUGGAAAUACGCUUGGUUACGCCAAUCUUGGUACCACUGCGACUAAAACAAUCACCGUAUCUGGAACUAGACCAUUAGAUGCUAAUCUGAUGGAGGAUGAUACCGAAGAAAGAAGUGCAAACGAUACUUUGGAUUUAAGAUUGAAUGAAAAAUCAAGAAGAUUAAUUCAAGAUGGUAUACUUUUGAAAAAAAGAGACUUGUGGUUGGAACCUUCUCAAGUGCAUGUAUUUUUAUUAGACAAUUACUUUUUGAUUACCGAACCUAUCAAGAAAACUUUGGAUUUGAAAUAUAAAUUACUUGAAAGGCCUAUUCCAAUUGAUUAUUUAAGCUUAGAGACCAAACAAAUAGAUGAUGGUAAUGGUAGUUUGCCUUCCACACCCAUAGCUCCAAUUGGUAACUUUAAUAGAUCGUUUGUGUCUUCUCCAGCGACUAAUAUUCCACUCAUGUCUACCUUACAACAUAAAUUUUUAUCCUCAUCUACUAACGUUAACGGUAAUAGUACUGAAAAUGUGAGUACUGUUUCAAGUUCAAUAACUUCUAGCUCUGACUAUGAUCAUAAUUCAAACAGUCAACAACAAUUUCAUUUUAAAAUAAGAAACACAGCUACCAAUGAAUCUUUUACGUUUACGACUAAUAAUCAAGCUGAAACAGUUUCUUGGUUGCAGGCUCUAUUAUCUGUAUUAAAGUCUAAAAAUGCGGAGAAUGGCAAGUCUCAAAUUUUUAAAUUAGAAUGUCUAAAUGAUAUGUUUGUGUAUGAAGAUAGAAGUGCACCGACCAAUUUGCCAGUUACAACAGAUGGUUCAGUUAUUGAUGCAGCAUUAAAGAAGUUUUACCCCAAUGGAAUAGUGGCGGCUACAGUAAAUAGUGAGGGGAUUAAGGGAAGCGUCUUGUUUGCUUGUAAAUUCACUUAUGAAGGCAGAAUAUUCAUUCUAUGUGCCAUAUCUCAUGGGAUCUAUAUGACCGAGGUGAAUAAAAAAACUAGCUGGAAACUAAUUUUAAAGAUAAAUAAAAUUAAAAGUUUGGUUGUUAAUUUAAAAUUUAACAUGUUAUUUGUAUUGUACGAUAGGAAGUUAAUUUAUUUUAGUGUGCCGAGUAUAAUGCUUGCGUAUUGCAAUUCUGUCAAAUAUUUAACACAGAAUCAAUUGGUUGGAAUAUUGAUUGCAGAUAAAGUGUCAUAUUUCACCAUUGCUGAAAAUUUUGAGAAUUCAAGACACUUGGUCUAUGAAAAAAAGGGCAUUUUAUAUUUUAUGACUCCGGAAUAUGAUAGGAUUGAUAAUACAGUGAGGUUUUUCAAGUUGUUUAAGAGUUAUAAACUACCAGCAAAUACAUUAUCUUUUCAGGAUGAUGAAGUAGAGCAUUUGGUUGUUUUUAAUAAAAGUUUUAUAGUUUGUUGCUCUAAAGGCGUCUUCCUAUUUAAUGAGUCAUUUAACGAAUCCGGUAUUCAGUUACCAACAAUUCCGUCACAAGUAACUCAUGGUGAUAGUACUUAUAAUUACGAUGGGAGUCACCAUGGCGUUUCACUGGAUGGCAAUUCUGUAGCAACCAGUAGCCAUAGCGGUAUCUCUUCAUCCUCUUCCAGUUCUUCAUCGGUAUCGGUUGAUAGUUCAAAAUCGAAGGAGAAAAUGCUAAAAUUUGUUAGAAACGAUAUUUUGAAUAAUAAAACAAAGCCAAAGGGGUGUUUUAAGUUGAGUACAACAGGUGAGUAUGUAGUAAUAUAUGAUGAAGCCGUUAUUAAAAUGAACAAACAUGGUGUGGUUACAGAUUGGAGAUCAGAUAUAUUAGUGUUAGAUUUUUACUGUCACAAUUGUUCAAUGAAUAACGAGUUUUUAAUUUUAUGUGGUGAAAAUUUGAUACAAAUAUAUGAUUUUAGUGGUGAUAAUAUUAGAACCACCAAUUUGAAUAGACUCACACCGGUUCAAAUCAUCAAGGGUAAGAGAAUUAAGUUAGUAAGCAGUGGAAAUAUCGAUGACACAAUUAUAAGUUUAAGUCACCCCAUGAUUUUGGGUAGGCAAUUGGUAAUUGCAUUUCAUAACUAG